AUGGUGGACCACCACGACAACGUCUUUGGUGCACUCUCCAGGAUGAUGAAAGGUACUAUGCCGAACCUCAACAUCACCGUGACUUUCUGUGUUUUCUUGGUUGUCGUCGCGCUUGUUUGGAACCUUCGGAAGCAACGCAAGGGUGCUGGAAGAAGAUCCUCUAUGUUAGGGCAGUUGAAGGCGAACACUGCCCCGACAUCCCAGAGCCCGGAAAAGGUGGAUGACUAUCGCUACGAGAGCCAGCUCGGGAUCAGUAUCCUUAUGCAGCGGCUUACGCAAGAGGACGAAGAUAGGUACGCGGCGCUUGCUCGUGGAGAGUCGGUUCCUCCUCGGAAGAAGGAUCCUUCCAUGGCCAGCGAUCAAGAGAAAGAACAACACCCUCUGCUCUUCUGUACAGCCGAGGAGUAUAUCAACCGUCACCAGACUUCACCCCACGACGAGCGACGCUGGGGAUGCAGAGACGAACUCCCUGAGUACGGAAGCCAUUUAGAUAUCUUUUGGUGCCGUGGAGAGGAUCCGGAGAGACGGCAGACGAAAUACCCCGCCACAUUCUAUGAAUGUUGGUGCGAUUUCGAGACGAGGAAAGACUUUGCCUGGGUACAACCACACAUUUUACCUCCGGAACCGACCUUACUGGACAUAAGGCACACAAAGCGACAAAAUGAACUCGCUCAAGAAGAGAGCCGCUCAACGUAUAACUACAUAAUCCAGUCGACCGCCAAAGCUUUGCUAGACAAAGACCCUCGUUACACCAUCUACAAGCGUCGACAAACACAGCUGCUCGACGGCUUCCUCAAGCUUCAGCGUGAGCGUCAGGCCAAUGGGAGUGGUGGUCGGUUGGACCCCAGACACUUUGGAAUGGUGAUGACCUCCUCGGGACGCAUCGAGGAAGUACACGAGGAUCUGGUAGCGCGCCCUAUGAAUAAGAAAGAGAGGAAGAGGUUGAAAAAGCAGAAGGAACGGGAGGAACGGGAAGCGAAACAAGUGCGGCCGGCUGAUCAUGGUGGGCGCUUGCUUGAGCCUGGCCCAGCUUCGGUGGCCCAAGCUAGACGCCGGUUCGAUCUCGAUUGA